AUGCGUUUUGAGGACUGGGAUGUCUUAUUAUUUCCUAGGGAUUCCAAGAUCCCAUUGAAAGAGUUCAGGACUAACUGUCAUGUUGUUCAUGAUAAUGAGUUCGCCUACAGUCAUGGAUCUUACGGUUUGCCGACUAUGACUUGUUUUAUGCCAGGCCUAUCCCCGGGCACUCAGUUCAACAUCUCGCUUCAUUCCUGGAAGACGCCUGAUAUCAGCCAGUUCACUAGAAAUUACAGCAAGCAUCCUGAAUUAGUCAAGUUCGAGGCACGAGUCUUGAUCGAUGGCCGUAUGGUUGCUUCAUCCUCAUUUAGCCGGAUCGGACCAUGGCCUCAACUGAUCAAUCAUAGUUUCGAGUUCACGAAGAACGGAGAUCUCGAAACACUUAGGUUCCCUCAGUUUCGUAGCGAAGUGCUUCGGCAAAGCUACUGGAGCCCCGCAGAUGAAGUCGGACGGAUCAAAAUCGUCAUCAGCGAAGGCUUCCCGAGGGAUUCUUUGACUGUACCCAUCGAACGGGUCAAGAAUGUCGUUGCAUUCUCAUUCCAACAUGCACCACUUGAUAUUCUCGAAUCUUCCGCGAUUGCCUGGCCAAAUCCUAGCAUGUGGCGCCGCACUCCGUUCAACCCUACGAUGCCUGCCCCAGCACGUCACCAUGAAGACGGCGCGGAAGCUCACCUCCACUCCCCUCGCCGUCGAACAACGAGCUAUAUGAAAAAUUCAUCCAGUUCAUCCACGUACAACACCUGUCCCCCAGGGUUCACGCAGGAAAACUUACUUGGCACUAUGCCAAACACCGAGGGAUUAUUGCAACGUAACGGUGCUGAGUCUAGCUCGGCCUGGCCAGACCCUUUCAGUUCUCAGAAGUCUGAAACUGCUUGCUUUGACUGGUCGAACACCAACUUCGGCCCCAUUGGAUACAAUCAGGCCACCGACAGCAACAAGUCCAGUUACAAUUCUGUUGCCAGUCGAAGAGCCAGAGGUGCAAGCAAAGUGUCACGCUCCGAUGUUAGCAUGUCUGAUUUUGGCUUGGGUAAUCCAAGCAACACCCAAGGCCUGUCAGAUAAUCACUUCUUAAAUCUCACAACAGCACAUCUAGGAGAUAUAGAUGCCAGUGCUCAUGAUCCGAAGGUGCCGACAAACACGCCAACGACGACAGGUGGCUCGAACUUCGUUGACGAUCUCAGCUUUGACGUGAACAAGAUCGGUACUCCUGGAAGCACGUCAAUAAACGAGUUCUUCAACUCCACGAACGCGAAUUUCUCUUCUGAACUUGCAACGUCUCUUACGCACUCGUUGCUGAAUCAACCACACCCGCUCCCAGUGCAUACCGGAAACAUUGCCCCUCCCGCCCCUGAAGUUAAGUCGCGUAAAGAAAAUCGCCUUCAAGAUUCCCCAAGUGAAGAUUCUCCAGUCAUCAACCAUAUCGACAUGCGCAAGGUAUCACAGUCGUCGUUUAGUAACCUCUGCAAAGACAGCCAAGACGCUAGCGCAAACAACUCACCUCCCAGCCAGAGCGCAUUCUCGGGGGUGUUCUCACAUCGAUCUACUUCAGGCGGAGACUUUGGCAACGACCUUGCUAAUGUUCCCAGCGUCUUUACAGCAUCGACUGUGGACUCACGUGCACGCGGUGACGCAACCCCGGAUGCUUGUCUAAUACGACCUGAGAAGAGUAUGAAGCGCACCCGCCAUUUCACGCCUGGCAGUGGAAGAGUGUUCGACGAUGAUAUCGAGGCACUGACCAACAGCCCUCGGGUCCAAGUAGAGCUUGAAGAUCACCUUGCGGAGCAUAUCUGA